AACUGCCAGCCGAGAUCGCAGGCUCUAGGGCUGAGGCAGGAGGAGGAGGGAAGAACUGAAAAGCAGAGAGACAGGUUAGAGGAAAGAAGAGGCUUGGGAAGGAAACAGCAAAAAAGAAACUGCUCAUCACAGUUACUGAGAGGCAAACGACGGUGGAAAUGAGGACAGAGAGAGGCAAGACUAUGACAGCCAAAAAAGACAAAUAGAAAGAGGAAAAAAUGCCAAGAACAUCCAUCCGGAGAAAUGAAGAGAAUGAAAGUUUUAUGCUGCAGAGCCAUUCUAUGCUUUUCCGGCACAAAAUUCCCUCGCUGUUUUUAAGCCCUUUUGCAUUUGCCAGCCGUUGACAGUAAGAGGCAUGUUCAGCGGUGCCAACAGCAUCUCCUCUUCCUUCUCCUCUUCCUCUUCAUCUUCCUCCUCCUCCUUCUCCUUUUCCUCCUCCUCCUCCCAUCAGCGAGAAGACAAACCGAGGACAGUCUUGAAAUACCGAAAUUUCCUCCUUGGGAUUUGCCAGCGCCGCGUUGCGCCAAGACUGUCGGAAUAAAGGACGCUGACUAUUGUAUUAUUAUUUUAUUAAUUGGUCAGUGGGAAGAUUACAGAUGAGGAAAGGGGACGCCUGUCACCCUUCCUUCUCUAAAAUCAAAAAAUGAGGUUGAAUUGGGGGAAACCCUAAAAUGAAGCAAAAGAAAUAAGAUUUGUAAGGACAGAAAGCCACAGGAGCCCCCCCACAUAGCGCACUUUUAUUUGUAUUUUUUAUUUGAGAUUUUUUUUUUUUUUUCGUGGUGGUGGGGGAGGUGAUUGGGUGGCUGACUGGCUGCGGGAAGCUGCUUCCUUUCCCUUUGGAGAUGAUUGUGCUAUUAUUCUUUGCCUUGCUCUGGAUGGUGGAAGGAGUCUUUUCCCAGCUUCACUACACGGUGCAGGAAGAGCAGGAACAUGGCACUUUCGUGGGGAAUAUCGCUGAAGAUCUGGGCUUGGACAUUACAAAACUUUCCGCUCGCGGCUUUCAAACGGCGCCCAACUCUCGGACCCCUUACUUGGACCUCAACCUGGAGACCGGGGUGCUGUACGUGAAUGAGAAGAUUGACCGCGAGCAAAUCUGCAAGCAGAGCCCCUCCUGCGUCCUGCACCUGGAGGUCUUCCUGGAGAACCCCUUGGAGCUGUUCCGGGUGGAGAUCGAGGUGCUGGACAUCAACGACAACCCCCCCUCCUUCCCGGAGCCGGACCUGACCGUAGAGAUCUCUGAGAGCGCCACGCCAGGCACCCGCUUCCCCUUGGAGAGCGCUUUCGACCCAGACGUGGGUACCAACUCCUUGCGCGACUACGAGAUCACCCCCAACAGCUACUUCUCCCUGGACGUGCAGACCCAGGGGGAUGGCAACCGAUUCGCCGAGCUGGUGCUGGAGAAGCCUCUGGACCGAGAGCAGCAAGCGGUGCACCGCUACGUGCUGACCGCGGUGGACGGGGGAGGAGGGGGAGGCGGAGAUGGAGGAGGAGGCGGCGGCGGGGGAGGGGGCCUGCUCCCCCAGCAGCAGCGCACCGGCACGGCCCUACUCACCAUCCGAGUGCUGGACUCCAACGACAAUGUGCCCGCCUUCGACCAACCCGUCUACACUGUGUCCCUACCAGAGAACUCGCCGCCGGGUACGCUCGUGAUCCAGCUUAACGCCACAGACCCAGAUGAGGGCCAGAAUGGGGAGGUCGUGUACGCCUUCAGCAGCCACAUUUCGCCCCGGGCGCGCGAGCUCUUCGGACUCUCCCCUCGCACCGGCCGGCUGGAGGUGAGCGGCGAGCUAGACUACGAAGAGAGCCCGGUGUACCAAGUGUACGUUCAAGCCAAGGACCUGGGCCCCAACGCCGUGCCUGCGCACUGCAAGGUGAUAGUGAGGGUGCUGGAUGCUAACGACAACGCGCCGGAGAUCAGCUUCAGCACCGUGAAGGAGGCGGUGAGCGAGGGCGCGGCGCCCGGCACGGUGGUGGCCUUGUUCAGCGUAACCGACCGCGACUCCGAGGAGAAUGGGCAGGUGCAGUGCGAGCUGCUGGGGGACGUGCCGUUCCGCCUCAAGUCUUCCUUCAAGAACUACUAUACCAUCGUGACCGAGGCCCCCCUGGACCGAGAGGCGGGGGACUCCUACACCCUGACCGUGGUGGCUCGCGACCGGGGCGAGCCUGCCCUCUCCACCAGUAAGUCCAUCCAGGUGCAAGUGUCAGAUGUGAACGACAACGCGCCGCGCUUCAGCCAGCCGGUCUACGACGUGUAUGUGACCGAGAACAACGUGCCAGGCGCCUACAUCUACGCGGUGAGCGCCACAGACCGUGAUGAGGGCGCCAACGCCCAGCUAGCCUACUCGAUCCUGGAGUGCCAGAUCCAGGGCAUGAGCGUCUUCACGUACGUGUCCAUCAACUCCGAGAACGGCUACCUGUACGCCCUGCGCUCCUUCGACUAUGAACAGCUCAAGGACUUCAGCUUCCAAGUGGAAGCGCGGGACGCCGGUAGCCCCCAGGCGCUGGCUGGCAACGCCACGGUCAACAUCCUCAUCGUGGAUCAGAACGACAACGCUCCUGCCAUCGUCGCCCCCCUUCCGGGGCGCAACGGGACUCCGGCGCGCGAGGUGCUGCCCCGCUCGGCUGAGCCCGGUUACCUGCUGACCCGCGUGGCCGCGGUGGACGCAGAUGACGGCGAGAACGCCCGGCUCACCUACAGCAUCGUGAGGGGUAACGAAAUGAACCUCUUCCGCAUGGAUUGGCGCACCGGGGAGCUCCGUACAGCGCGUCGGGUGCCGGCCAAGCGCGACCCCCAGCGGCCUUACGAACUGGUGAUCGAGGUGCGCGACCACGGGCAACCUCCCCUGUCGUCCACCGCCACCUUGGUGGUGCAGCUGGUGGAUGGCGCUGUGGAGCCCCAGGGCGGGGGCGGGGGCGGUGGCGGGGGGUCAGGAGAGCACCAGCGCCCCAGCCGCUCCGGCGGCGGGGAGACGUCGCUGGACCUCACCCUCAUCCUCAUCAUCGCGCUGGGCUCGGUAUCCUUCAUCUUCCUUCUGGCCAUGAUCGUACUUGCAGUGCGGUGCCAGAAAGAGAAAAAGCUGAAUAUUUACACGUGUCUGGCCAGCGACUGCUGCCUCUGCUGCUGCUGUGGCAGCGGGGGGUCGACCUGCUGCGGCCGCCAAGCCCGGGCGCGCAAGAAGAAACUUAGCAAGUCGGACAUCAUGCUGGUUCAAAGCUCCAACGUACCCAGUAACCCGGCCCAGGUGCCGGUGGAGGAGUCCGGGGGCUUUGGCUCCCAUCACCACAACCAGAAUUACUGCUACCAGGUCUGCCUGACCCCCGAGUCCGCCAAAACCGACCUGAUGUUCCUUAAGCCCUGCAGCCCAUCGCGGAGUACGGACACUGAGCACAACCCCUGCGGGGCCAUCGUCACCGGUUACACAGACCAGCAGCCCGACAUCAUCUCCAACGGAAGCAUUUUGUCCAACGAGAAUAAACAUCAGCGAGCAGAGCUCAGCUAUCUAGUUGACAGACCUCGCCGAGUUAACAGUUCUGCAUUCCAGGAAGCCGACAUAGUAAGCUCUAAGGACAGUGGUCAUGGAGACAGUGAACAGGGAGAUAGUGAUCAUGACGCCACCAACCGCGGCCAGUCAGCUGGUAUGGAUCUCUUCUCCAACUGCACCGAGGAAUGUAAAGCACUUGGCCACUCAGAUCGGUGCUGGAUGCCCUCCUUUGUCCCUUCUGAUGGACGCCAGGCUGCUGAUUAUCGUAGCAAUCUGCAUGUUCCUGGCAUGGACUCUGUUCCAGACACUGAAGUGUUUGAAACUCCAGAAGCCCAGCCCGGGGCGGAGAGGUCCUUCUCCACCUUCGGCAAAGAGAAGGCCCUUCACAGCACCCUGGAGAGGAAGGAACUGGAUGGACUGCUGUCUAAUACACGAGCGCCUUACAAACCACCAUAUUUGAAUCAUUUUCAUCCCCUUUCUUAUUUUGUACAUUGGAAGUAAAUCCAUAUAAGCAUUUGUCCAUCACGUGAGCCUCACAAAGGAAGAUUAUCAAUUAAAAUAUAAAUAGAAUUAUCAAUCAAAAGAAAUAUCUACUUGGGAAAUUUUCCUGCCUCAUCAUUCUGAAGAUCAUGGGUCAAAAUCUAAAUGCAUUAAUUUAUAAAGAUAUUGUAUAUAAGUCUGGAAUUUACAAGUUCAAUUGCUUAUAAAUAUCAUUAAACAUUGUUCAAUACUCAAUGUGCCAGACUUUUUUUGAGUGAGUCUGCGUCUUCUGAAAUCCUUUUAAUAGAAAUUAGAUAGCAUCAUUUAGACAAUGUAGUUUAGAAACUGUUUUGAACCAUAAGGUUCAUUUUUCAAGAUUAGAUAAUACUACUGAGUCAAGACUAAACUCAGCAUAAUGUGGAUCCACUUAAUGCUUCCCAAAUAGCAUUAAUAAUAAUAAUCUUGGAAGUUUUAUGUUAAAGUCCAAUAAGACUCCCUAAUUACUGCAUCAGUGGUUUCUAAUAACCUACAUCAGUUUAGGUGGGGACAGUAUAGAAGAUUUGAAAGAUUGAACCCAAAAAUGUAAUCACGUACAAAAUGACAUGAAUAAAAACAAGUCGUAAGGUAUAAAAUUUACAGGGAAAAAAAUCAGGUCUUUAUUUCUUAUUCUUUGGUACAAUACACAACUUUAUGUUUAUACAUUUUAUCUAGGCACUUGACUUCUAGGCACUUCUUUCUCCUAGAGAUAGAUUGUUUUUAAAUGUAGGGAUUAAAAGAUUAUAUGUGAACUUUAUUUCAAUAAAAGUUUGUAAUCUGUACUUUAAAGUGCUAUCUAAAUCAUCAAGCAUAGCUUUUAACUCAUUGAGUUCAACAAGUGAUUAUAAAUAUAUUUUCUGUGUUCUAUUUUCAUGAUUCUGUUGUAUGGACACAGUUAUGCAUAUAUGUAUCCCAUAGAGAAGCAUUAUAUUUUUAAUUUAGGUUUAAUUUUUAAUUGUAUCUAUCAAUUUCCAGAGAAAGAAUAAACAAGGAUUGUGCUUAACAUAAGAGUAAAUUUAUUUAACUAACUGCUACUUCAUUAUCAGAAGCUAUUAGCAUGAUAAUGUAGUGCUUUUUGAGGAACAGAUGAGUGAUGCAAUCAAGUUUGGUUGUUCCUUUAUUUUUUUAAACUACUAGAUGUACUUUUGAGGACCAGUUCAUAUUGCAUAAUGUAGCGAAAUUAACCAUGACUCUCUAGAGAAAUUAGAUGUCUAUAUUAUAAGGAAGACAUUAUUUUUACUGCUUGUAAAAAUGUUGUAAUCAGUAGGGCUUUUUUUUCUUUUUUACUGUUGAUGUCAACUAGAAUCCCACACAAGAUUCUAAUAUCACUUGUGUUGGAUGUUUAACUGUAUAAUUUACACAAAGUAGAAAACUGACAUUAGUUUGUCAUCAAAUAUUCCAAGAUUCAUAUAUAUGCCAGUAACUAUGUUUCAGCUGAAAUUUGCAUAAUUACUGUAUUAUUCCAUAAAAAGCAUAUUUGUAAAUGUUUUUGUCAGAAAUUUCCAAAAUAAGUGUUUGAAAGGUAAGAAAAACUUAAGCCUAGAAGUAAUACAUAAAUAAACUCAAUAUCAAAUGUAUAUUUCCUGGAUUAUAUUGUUAAUCAUCCUGGGUAAAGAAAUAGGGUAGGACGCUUCUCUUAUACCUAACCAAACACUGUUGGGCUUUGUCUCAAAGGGCAGCAUAUGAUAGGAACUUUUUGAGUCAUAAAUGGCAACAAUAGAUAAAGUACACGUAGCAAGAUGUCUUGAUGAUGUACACUAGAUGGUGUAUUUAAGAUAAAAUACUUCCCGUGUAGGUUUAAUUGAAAUGGUGGUAGGUCCUCAGAUAAGAAAGUUAAUGUUAUGGUUUGACAGUUGCUAUCAGUGUAUUUUUAGAAAUAUGUAGAAAACCUAGAGAUUGACCUAUAGAAUUAUUGUACUUUUCAUCUUUAAUAAAUAUGAUGCCAG